AUGAUAAACUUGAGGUUUGGACUGAGUAAUCGAUUUGACACAGAAUUUCCCUCUGCCUUAUCGGGGCGUGUUGCUCCUGAAGAAUAUAAAGCCACCAUAACAAGAGUUAAUUGUGUUCUUCGAAAAACCCUUCCUGUAAAUGUUAAAUGGUUAUUUUGUGGUUGUUUGUGUUGCUGCUGCACAUUAGGUUGCUCCUUGUGGCCUGUUGUUUGCCUAAGCAAAAGAACUCGUCAUUCUAUUGAUAAAGUUCUUGAAUGGGAAAACAAUCAUCUAUAUCACAAACUUGGUUUACAUUGGAGGUUAAACAAACAAUGGUGUGAUUCCAAUAGUAUGAUGGAAUAUGUGUUACUUAUAGAGUUCAUUCCAAAAAUGCCUAUUCACCAGCCUGACUAGCCAAACAUAAUAUGAUGCAAAAUUUCAAUGGUUUUUCAGUUUCAAGCCUGCCUUACUUUCUAACCAAUCUGUUUCAAUUUUUUUAUGCAAUGAAAACUUUAAGUUCAAUAAGAAAAAAUGAUGCGAGUGGACAUCUAAUCUCAUGAAUAGAUCUAAUGAAAUGCUUUUUAAUUAAAUGUAUGAUUUUUCUCUGUAAAAUGUUUUGUUAUGUUUUUUUGUUGAUUUGUGUUUUUGUAUUUUAAGUAUUUGUCAUGUUUUGUCAUCUUACAUACUGUAAACCACCUUACAGUGAUUCAUUACCUAUAAUAUUUAUUUUCUGGUUUUUAGCUCAUUCAUUGCAUAUUUAUUUGUAAUACAGGGUGUCCGAAAAGUCCUUGAUGCAUUUUAAAAAUUUAUUGAAAAGCAAAAAAUUGUCUUAUGAAUAUGUGGUUUGCGCUAUAAUACUACACAGAGUGAAGAAUGUUUUAAGACAUUGUAAAAAGAAUGAAAAAAAGAAAAACCAUGGGUGAUCACUGUAUCGUCACAGUAAGAAAAACAAACAUCAUGUGAGGUAUUUAAUCAUCUUGUUAAACAGAAAUCAUUGCCUAUCCUACUAAAGUUCAAUGUGUUUGCCAUGUAUGUUGCUGAAACCACAUUUAAAUGGUACUCCAGUUCAUCCCUGUCCACAAACGGUACACACGAUGAACUCUGGUAAUGAAAGUUAUUACUUUCUGCUUAAUUAAAUGAUUAAACACAUUACCGUAUUUUUUUUGCAUAUUAUCUGCGGAUUAUCUGUUUGAAAAGGCAAAGUUUAUGAGGUGUGGAUUAUACGCUGCCGCCGAUUAUCUGUGAUUUUUUUUUCUCUUAACACCAAUGCAUCAAACUUCAAUAUUUACAGUAGGAUUCACCAAUAGAGACCGUACGCCGACUGAAUGUUGUUUAUUUUACGUUGCUUGAAUGUUCCUCUUCGUGAUUCAGGUCAUGUAAAAUAAGCAAGAAUACAGUAAAUUAGGAAGCCAUUUGCACAAGAUUAGACUGUUUGAUCCUUUGUCUUGACUCUGUUUUUCAAGUAAUUGGCAUUCUAUAAUCAUAAUAUCAAGAAGAAAUCAUUAUAUUUUAGUGUAUAUUUCAGAUUAAUUUUGAUUAUGCCUUCAAAGUAAUUACCUUUUCAUGUUUUUACUUUAGUUACUCAAAUGGUAUGUUAAGUUCAAACUUUAUUUUUUUACAUCGUAUUAUCCGCGGAUUAUAUGAAGCUUAUUUUUCUUCAGGCCGAUUUUAGGACCUGCGGAUUAUACGCUACCCGCAGAUAAUGCACAGGAAAAUACAGUACAUUUGUUUUUCUUAUUGUAACAAUAAAUCAGUUACUUAUAAUUACACUUAGUUUUUUUUCUUUCUUUUUUUUUUCAUUUUUUUUUUAUUAAUUAUGUCAUAAAAAGUUCUUGAACCUGUGAAGUAUUAUGGGGCAAAACUGCUUAUUCACAUGCUACAAUUUGGUACUUUUCUAUUAAUUUUGAAAAUGUGUUAAGGACUUUUCAGACACCCUGUAUUUCUUUUCUAUACUCCAUUGCUUUUAAAAUGGAAUUUUUCAUUUUUUAUUAAGGUCAUGUCAAAAUAACUGUAAUAGUUCAUGAUUUUGUUUUCAAAAACUUUCAACUACCACUAACUUGACAUUUUCAAAAUGGUGUACAAUUGCUUAGUAAGUUUUUAAAUUGUCCUAGAUUCUUUAUUACUCUUUAUUGAAAAGAAUUGUUGAUGUUUUAUUUGUUUUGUCAAUACUAUUAGCAAGUUAAUGAUUUUAUCUUACAAAAGGUCUGUGAACCUUAUAAAAAAUGACCCUUCCUUCCCUUUUUAAAUAUUUUUUAUCAGCAAUGAUUAAUUAAAUAUUUGAUUAUUCUUGUAUUAUUUUCUAAAAUCCUGCACAAAAAUGUUACUAUUAGUUUUCUUCUUUGUGUUUAUUGUUUUGAAAUAACUAAGGUCAACUGUAUGUUUCUCUGACAUCAAGUCAAUCUAUUUCUCUGGCAAAGAGAUUUCUGUUUCUUGGUGGUUCUUUAACACUAUCUUGUGUAGAUAUAUAUGCAUAUAGAGAGAGCGCAAAAAUUCACUUGAAACAUAUUAAUGGGGUGUAGUGUUUCAAAGGUUCACUUACUUUAAAAUGAAGUUAAAAUAUGUAAAUUGUAAGCAUUAAUGCAAAAUAAAAUUUAGGAAUUUAGAGUUGUGCAAGGAAAGUUCUUAGUAGUGUCAUUUUAUAUUUCUCAUUUUAAUUUGGUGCUUAAAAAAACAACAACAACAACAAAAAAAUCUUACAUGCAUAACGCUACCUGAUAUAUUUGUUUUCCUAAUUUAAAUUGACAAACCUUUGCUUUUUUUUUGCAUUUUUUAGGUGACAGUUUUCCAUUGACUCUAUCGUUUUUCUAGACCUAUUAAUUUAUGUCAGCACAAGUUCCAGGAAAAAUGAUUGCAGUUAAGCUGGUAGCGUUAAAAAUGUAAUUUUUAGAGCUAGAGUUUUCGCUGAACAUUUAUCUAUUUUCAAAACUACUGUAUUAGUUUAAGAAAUCUAAUGUUAAGAGCAUUUUGAAAAGGCAGUCAUCCUGAGGAUAAAUAACCUUUUGUUCAGCUUUCAUGAUCCGAUUUUUUUUUUAAAAUAUCUUUCCGAAGUUUUGACUUAUUUUGUUGAAAUAUAAAUUUGGCCAUCCAUUAAUAAAACUUGGCCCUUGGCUAUUUGAUUUCACUAAGUUUUGGAAAUCGAUAAUGUGAUCUGAGCUAUGUAGAAAACAUGUUGUUUCUGAGUAUGGGAGUGAAUAAAAUAUGCUUUUUAAAUUGAUUUGUAUUAUUUUGAAUAUAAUGCAGAACCUGCACUAGAAAUUAUGGGUCUUUGCAAAUAUAAGUUGACCUACCACAACUCAACACUUAAAUUUGCUCUUUGAAUUUUUGUCAUGUAUGUUUAUUUAUGUUUUUAUUUGUUUAAGUAGUAUACAUACAAUCUUCACAAAGUAUUCAUUAAAAAAAUCCAUUUUUAAGAUCAACUAAGUAAUUAAGAUAUUUUUGUAGUGCUUGUCAGAGGUUUUUACUGUUGGAGAGAAUAUCCUUGACCCCCUAUACUAAACAUCUUUGAUGCUUUAUUAAUGUGUAAUGGCUUUAAAUAGGAAGUUAUGAUUUUUCAGCACUCUUCUUAUUCCACUUUAUUGUUACAUAAUUUAUCAUUUCUUGUUUCAGUCAUUUAUUGUGGCAUUCAUUGCUUUGAGUUCAAAUUAUGUAUUUCAAAUUAAAUGUCUUUUUAAUGAAAAGUUGUUCUUAUCGCAAAGAUUAGUUGUUAAUGUCACCAAAAAAGUUUUUUAAUGGCCUAUGAAAGUGUUUAUUCGUGUAAACAUGCUGUGACAUUUGUAUAUGGAGUUGUUCUGUCAAUAUUGUGUGUUUUUUUUUUUUUUUUUUGUUUGUUUGAUCGUGGAUGAAAUUCACUUACAUUGGUUUGCUCAAUUAUUUUUUUCUUUUUCAAUAAAUCCAUCAAGUUCCCUUGAUCUUAAACAUGGAUGUAGUAAUUCCAUUGAAUACAUGAAGGUAUAUUGAUUCUUCUGAAAUUUUCUGCUUUAGGAAAAACAUUUACCUGUUUGUUGUAGUUUUUGAAUUUUUUCAAUGUGAAUGAUUACUUGUAAAAAAAUUCUUGAUAAUGGUUACUUGGCUCUAAACUUGACGCCAACCUUUAAAACCGAGCAUUGAAGCAAUUUUUAUGCCUGUUGAAACUAGUACAACACAUCUAGUCGAAGCUGAUAUGUACAGUUUUGUUGAUCCAGCUAAUGUGUGUAUACAUUCUAUACUCUCUAAAAUACAUGCAUUUUUAUAUAUGUAUAAAUACUAAAAUACUCAACUUAUAUGUAUACAUAUAUUUGUUGUAUAUUUUUAUAUAAAACCUUCUUUGUAAUCACUGUCAUGAAGUGCAUUGUGUAGUUAAAAUUAUAUUUAACAAUGAAUGUUUCUUUUUAUGUAUGUGUGCCUGUGUGCAUUUAUAUUUAUGUGUAUAUAUAUAUACACACAUACACACAUAUGCGUAUGUUUGAAUGUGAUUAUGUGGAAAUGAGCAUGUGUGAAAAGUUCCAUGCUUGUUAUUUUCAUAGGCACUGUAGCAUGUAGUGUUAUUUUAAUUCAUAUAGAUGCAAAGAUAUUUUUAAUACACAUCAUUUAUGAAAAAUUAUAUGGGUUGUGUUUUAAUUUAUUUUAUGUAGCACAGGUAAAAAUAUGAAGUUCAACUAUUUUUAAUCGAUUCAUAUGCAUUCACUUUGCAAAUAAUAUUUUUAAGUCUUAUGUUUAACAAUUCGGGUUAUAUAUAUUAUACAUAUAAACUAUCUGGUUUCAUAAGAAAAAGAAUGAUAUUGGAAGCUGUGUGACAUGUUUUCAAGUUUUGCACAUGGCAACACAAAAAUGAGAAUUUCUGGUCUGAAAUAUGUAUUUUCAUCACUAGUGCAGGGAGAAUGGACUUCUAAAAGAAUUCUUUUGAUCAAACCUCCUUAAGUGUAUUUAUAUACUGUAUUGGGAUUGACAGUAUGUUAAAACAAAAGCAUUUGGGAAUGUUUUACCACCCCACCUGCCGUCGCUGCGUUACUUAUUUUUAUUAAUGCAAAAAUUUUUAAUAAUUGAAGCAUUAAUAAAAAGGAAAAUCAGAUUGAUUCUUUUUUUUACCGAUUCGGCUUAUGUUUAACGUUCCUAUUUUGCAACUGUUUGAACCAUGUGCAUUCAAUUUAUCUUGAAAUGGGUAACAUGUGUUUUUAGUAUCAUAGCGGGGUAAGAAAAUGGGUAAAUAAAUCACCACAGAAGACUUUAAAAUGUUAUUUGGAAAGUAAGUAUGCAUAAAGAAAAAUAAAACACAUAACCAAAAAAAA